AUGACCAAAUAUCGCAUCGGCGUCGAUGUCGGCGGCACAAAUACCGACGCUGCAAUCAUCGAUAUCCUCGGUAUCGACUCUCCCUCGCGCGGUGUUUGCGCUUCCACGAAGACUCCAACGACCUCGGACGUGACGUCUGGUAUAUAUACUGCAAUUCAGAAAGUACUGGAGCAGUCCCGUGUCGAUAGACAGGAUGUUGUUAGUGUCGCGAUCGGCACGACGCAUUUUGUCAAUGCCGUUGUCCAGGCAGACUCGAGUAGACUGAGUAAGGUCGCUGUCGUGAGGCUCUGUGGUCCCUUUACGAGACAGGUGCCGCCUUUUACGGAGUUUCCGUCAGAUUUAAAGGGGAUUAUGGGCGGUCCGGUGUUUUAUUUGGAUGGUGGCCUUGAAAUCGACGGGCGCGAAAUCGCACCAUUGAAUGUAGAACAGAUUAAAGCUACCGUGAAGAACAUUCAAGACGCAGGCAUCAAGAUGGUGGCUCUUCUCGGCGUGUUUUCUCCAUUGGAUCACAAUGGGAUCCAUGAGGAGACCUGUAAGAAGUUGAUGCUCGAUUUGGAUCCCUCGCUAUCCAUCGUCUGUUCGCAUUCUAUCGGUCGCAUCGGUUUCCUGGAGAGGGAAAACGCGACUAUUCUCAAUGCAUCUAUUCUUGCCUUCGCCAGGAAAACGGUGAGAGCGUUCUGUAGCGCAAUGGCUAAACUGCAACUGCGUUUUCCGCUGUAUCUUACCCAGAAUGAUGGCACCUUGACUGAUGCAGCCACGGCGGCUGAAAUGCCCAUAAAGACCUUUGCUAGUGGCCCGACGAAUAGUAUGACUGGCGCUGCGUUUCUUGCUAACUUGGAUCGGGGUGGUGGUUCGAAACAAUUUGAUAGGCAGGUGCUGGUGGUUGAUAUCGGUGGAACAACUACUGAUGUUUGCGCGCUGCUUCCGUCUGGAUUUCCACGUCAAGCAUCGAACUUCGUGGAGGUUGGAGGCGUGCGGACUGCGUUCUCAAUGCCUGAGGUUCUGUCAGUUGGGCUCGGUGGUGGUAGUCGUGUGGUUGUCAAUGAACAGACCGGGGUUGUCAGUGUUGGGCCUGAGUCCGUGGGCCAUUAUCUCACCAGCCGGGCCAUGGCCUUUGGUGGGGAUGUGAUGACUGCAACAGAUAUCGUUGCAGCAUCUGCAAAGGCUGAUAUAGGGGACCGCAAGAUGGUAGAACAAAUUCCUGCGCAGGUUGUCACGAAGGCCCGAGAACAGAUUCGCAAAAUCCUGGAACGUGCUAUCGAUGGUGUAAAGAUCUCCGACCAGCCGGUUGUGCUGCUGCUUGUCGGUGGUGGUUCAGUCAUUCAUAUGGAUGCUUUGAAUGGUGUCACGGAGUGUAUCAUGCCGCCGCACCAUGAUUCUGCGAAUGCUGUUGGUGCGGCCAUUGCUAAGGUAGCCGGGGAGAUAGAUGUGAUUGAGCUACUAGAGGGCCGAGAUGAGAAGCAGAUAUUCGAGGCAGCAAAACAACGAGCUAUUGAUGCAGCUGUUGCCCGUGGAGCUGAGAGAGACGGGGUAAAGAUCGCUACAAUCGAGAAGAUUCCUCUUGCCUAUGCUACAAACAAGGCGACACGGCUUGUUAUCAAGGCGAUUGGGAAUCUUGCUCCAUUGGAUAUUGAUAAUCAAGCGUCAGAGUCCAAUACUUUCCAGGACAAUAUAAACGACACUCUUGAAGGAAAUGAGAAGGAACCCAGCAAGAGCAAUAAACGGCGUGAGACACCCCAUUUCGCUGCGAAACCAUCCCUCCAGAUCGACUUGGAUACAUAUCAGCCCGACGUCCGCAACAACACAUGGUACAUAUCCCCCGUCGACCUAGAGUUCAUGGCGGCCGGCACAGGAGUCCUAGGAACAGGCGGCGGUGGCCCUUCCCGAAUACAGUACCUCCACUGCCUCCAGUUUCUCCAAGCUCCAGGAUACGCGGGAAACAUGCGUGUUGUCAAGCCUGCCAGCUUAAGGGACUCCGAUGUCUGCGUCAUGGGCUCCGUAUCCAGCGAGCGUCUCUCAGCAGGCACAGAACUGGCUCUGGCUAUUGAAAGCUGUGCGCAAGUUACCGGCAAGAAGGACUUUCAUGCCAUUGUCACAGACGAGAUUGGAGGCGGGAAUGGUUUGUCGGCAUUCCCUUCCAGUGUGAUGUACGAUAUUCCGGUGGUAGAUGGGGACUUGAUGGGGAGAGCAUACCCGACGCUGGAGCACUGUACGCCAUACGUCUACGGACUCUCCUCCACUCCUUGCGCCGUCGCAGACGGAAGAGGGAAUGUAUCCAUCAUCCUGCACGCCGAGAGCAACCGCCGCGCCGAAACAAUGGCACGAAGUCAAUGCGUCGAUCUAGGAAAUAGGGUCGCCCUAUCAACUGCGCCACUUACGGGCGCCCAAACCAAGAAAUAUAUCAUACCAAACACCAUCUCUCAGGCGUGGUAUAUCGGGAGAGCUGUGUAUCGUGCUCGACGAUCAAAGACAGACAUGAUUCAGGCCAUUUUCGAUACCUCGCCCGGUAAACUCCUCUAUACUGGCAAGAUCGUCGACGUCAAACGAGAUGUGAGCCGCGGUUAUACAAUGGGCUAUUGUCUGCUUGCGCCUCUUAGUAGCGAUGAACGGGAGAGUACUAUUCCUUCUGGUUGUGCUGAUGGUUUGGUAGAGAAUCGCUACUUGGUUAUCCCCUUCCAGAAUGAGUUUCUUUAUGCCGCUUAUACGGAUCCUGAGGCUCCGGAGGAGAUAGCCAAGCAAGAAGUUAUCUGUACUGUCCCUGAUUUGAUUUCGAUACUGGGACAGGAUGGCGAGGCGAUUGGAUCGCAGGAGCUACGAUAUGGUCUUAAAGUCAAUUUGAUUGCUAUGGCAGCGCAUCCGUUGUGGACGACAGAAGAAGGACUGAGUAUUGGGGGUCCGAAGGGAUUUGGAUUGGAUAUGGAGUGGACGAAGUUGGGGGAGUACUGGGAGCCGAGAAGUGUGAUCGAGGAAUUCAAUAGAUGUGAGUGA